AUGAUGAUAAAUCAUCAUCGCCGUACAUAUUAGGAACCAUAGGCGUCGUACCGGGGCGGCAUAUGGGUUUCUUUCGUAACAAUACGUAUAUAGUAGAAGCAUGAAAAUUUAUUCCUCGUUAUUAUUAUCGGUGUCUAGCUAACGAAUUUUUUGUGAAGUAAUGGCUAUUACCUUCACCAAAAUACGAUAAACUACGAUAAAGUGGAAUUGGUUAAAAAACGGUUUAAAUUCUCGUUUAUGAUAGUUGUUGGUAUAUAGUGUCUAACAUACUUCAGUAUUUUCGUAAAUCAAACAAAGUGUAAUUCUUGCACAAUGUCUCGUAGUCUUACUCUAUCGUAAUUUUUUGAUUGGAAAUACCUAUGUCCUCAAAGGUGUUCUACCGUCUGUUAGACAAGAACGGAUGUAUGCGCUGAGUAAAUCGGAAAUGCAUUUACUCGUACUUAACAUGGAACUGAAAUGACGUCAACUCCGAUUCUUAUCUACUUGCCACUACCACAGUAUUGCAUAAAAGUCCAUCAUAAGCGACCUAAAUCCACUGACGGGUUACAGUGUGUAAGAAAUGGCUCAACAAGAGUAAGAUUUCUACCGUUGAAAAUAUUUCAUUCAAUGGGCGUUUUUAGAUACACGUAUGAAAUAAUCGAAAAAAUUGCUAAUUAUUAUUUGAGGAAACUGGUGACGGUUAAACCCCAAAUUGGGAUUAUAUGCGGGUCGGGUUUAAGCUCCGUUGGUGAACUCCUCACCACCCCCACCACCCUCAACUACACCGAAAUCCCCCACUUCCCCGUCAGCACCGUCAUCGGUCACCCCGGCCGCCUCCUCUUCGGCCACAUCGCCGCCACCCCCGUCAUCUGCUUCCAAGGCCGGUUCCACUUCUACGAAGGCAACUCCCUCUCCACCUGCGCCAUGCCCGCCCGCCUCAUGAAACUCCUAGGAGUCACCACCCUCAUCGUCUCCAACGCCGCCGGCAGCAUCAACUCCUCCUACAAAACCGGCGACAUCAUGUUCAUAAAAGACCACAUCAACAUGUUGGGCCUCGCCGGCAACAACCCCCUCCGAGGCCCCAACGACGAAAGAUUCGGUCCCCGAUUUGUGGCUCUGAACGAAGGCUACAACCCCAAGAUAAUCGAAAAAGCUAGGGCUCUAGUUGAAAAAUUGGGGUUGAAAGGGGUCCACGAGGGGGUGUACGCGUGCAUCGGAGGUCCUAAUUUUGAGACGGUGGCCGAAGUGAGGGCUUUGAAAAUUCUAGGGGCGGAUGCUGUGGGGAUGUCGACGGUGCAUGAGAUUAUUGCGGCGAGGCAUUGUGGAAUGGAGUGUUUUGGGUUCAGUUUGAUCACGAACGAGUGUGUUGUGGAGUAUGGGUGUAAGGAAAAGCCGGAUGGGGAGGAGGUGCUGGAGGUGGCGGGGCAGAAGAAGAGGGAUUUGAAGGUUUUUGUUGAGGGGUUGGUUGUGUUACUUGCUAGUGAUUUAUAACUAUUAUUCUAAACAAGAAAGUGUUAUUGUAAUCAUAGGUAUGUGAUAUUUUAUUGAAAUAUAUAAAAAAUGUUACCAAAA